GGCCGGAGAUGCAGCGGGGAGCCGCGCUGUGCCUGCGCCUGUGGCUCUGCCUCGGACUGCUCGACGGCGAGCGCGGCCUGGCGAGUGGCUACUCCAUGACCCCCCCAACCCUAAACAUCACGGAGGAGACACACGUCAUUGACUCCAGGGACAGCUUGUCCAUCUCCUGCAGGGGGCAGCACCCCCUUGAGUGGUCCUGGCCAGGGGCUCAGGAGGCGCCGGCCACAGGGGAGAAGGACGGCGAGGACACAGGGGUUGUGCAAGACUGCGAGGGCACAGACACCAGGCCCUACUGCAAGGUGCUGCUGGUGCGUGAGGCCCGCGCCAACGACACGGGCAGCUACCGCUGUUCCUACAAGUACAUCAAAGCCCGCAUCGAGGGCACCACGGCCGCCAGCACCUACGUGUUCGUGAGAGACGUGGAGCAGCCAUUCAUCAACAAGCCAGACACGCUCCUGGUCAGCAGGAAGGAUGCUAUGUGGGUGCCCUGCCUGGUGUCCAUCCCGGGCCUCAACGUCACGCUGCGAUCGCAAAACUCAGCCCUGCGGCCUGACGGGCAGGAGGUGGUGUGGGACGACCGCCGGGGCAUGCGCGUGCCCACGCCCCUGCUGCGCGAGGCCCUGUACCUACAGUGUGAGACCACCUGGGGUGGCCAGGACUUCCUAUCCAACCCCUUCCUCGUGCACAUCACAGGCAACGAGCUCUAUGACAUCCAGCUGUUCCCCAAGAAGUCGCUGGAGCUGCUGGUCGGGGAGAAGCUGGUCCUGAACUGCACCGUGUGGGCCGAGUUCAACUCGGGUGUCACCUUCGACUGGGACUAUCCGGGGAAGCAGGCAGAGCGGGGUAAGUGGGUGCCAGAGCGGCGCUCCCAGCAGACUCACACAGAGCUCUCCAGCAUCCUGACCAUCCACAACGUCAGCCAGCACGACCUGGGCCCAUAUGUGUGCGAGGCCAACAACGGCAUCCAGCGGUUCCGGGAGAGCACCGAGGUCAUUGUGCACGAAAAGCCCUUCAUCAGCGUCGAGUGGCUCAAGGGUCCUGUUCUGGAGGCCACGGCAGGAGACGAGCUGGUGAAGCUGCCCGUGAAGCUAGCGGCGUACCCCCCGCCGGAGUUCCAAUGGUACAAGGACAGAAAGUCAGUGUCCGGGCGCCAGAGUCCGCACGCCCUGGUGCUCAAGGAGGUGACGGAGGCCAGUGCAGGGAUCUACACCCUCGCCCUCUGGAACUCCGCGGCCGGCCUACAGCGCAACAUCAGCCUGGAGCUG